ACUCUCCAGAUAAAUGUGUUACAUACAUUCUGAAUUUGUUUCAGGAAUAAUGUAUUCAAGUAAGUUUAUUCUUAGACAGAAGCGUCCUCAUUAAUUCCUUCAAAUUACCCUUCACAAUUAAUCAAAUUGUUUUCUCUCCUGAUUACAUGUGAAAGUGAAUCUUUUGGAGAUAUUAAAGAAUACCACCAUCGGAGUAAUGUCCGCAAGAAAAUGUAUUGUGAAGUACAUCAUCUGGUUAUGCAUAAUGAUUGCAACAACCAUGACCAUGACCUUGUUGGUAGCGAACAUAAAGAAACUCUAUAAGCUGUUUUAUUCCUAUGAGUAUACAUCAAUCGCUCUUCUGUUCACUGGAGCAUUCAUCGCAGUUCUGCUGAUUUUGAUUCCGAAACUCGAGGUCAUCUUUCCACUGAACUAUAUGCUUGCUGUGCUCAGUGUAUUAACUUCAUCUUGUGGUCUCGCUGUUGCAACAUCGAAUUGCGCUUUUGUUUUUCGUGUUAUACUAUCUUCAAUUUCGAGACAUUGCAAAUACAGUUUUCGGAGUACUUUUGGGUCUCGGUCUACUUUUGGUAAGCAAGAUUGUAAAAUUUGUUAA